AUGGCUGUGAUGUUCCCGUUUGACGUGUGUGUGUUCGGUGAUGGUGUGUUUGGAUGGAGGGUGGAGAAGAUGGAGGCCGUGCUGCUGGACCACAGGCAGUUGGGUGUGUUUUACAUCGGAGACUCAUACAUCAUCCUGAACAAACACAGCGAGGGGGCGGAGCUACACAUGUGGAUGGGGGCGGAGUCUUCGCGGGAUGAGCAGUGUGCCUGCGCCAUGUUGGCCACCCAGCUGGACCAGUUCCUCAGAGGAGACGCCGUCCAGCACAGACAGGAGCAGGGACACGAGACAGACGAGUUCCUGCAGCUUUUUCCCAACGGAGUCAGCUAUAAGAGGGGGGGUGUAGAGUCUGGGUUCAGGCAGGUGCAGACGGAGUGUGUGUUGGUGCCACGCCUUUAUCAGGUUAAAGGGAAGAGAAACAUCCGUGUGAGAGAGGUGGAGCUGAGCUGGAGGAGCUUCAACAGUGGAGACUGCUUCAUCCUCGACCUGGGACAGCUGAUCAUCUCGUGGACUGGCUCUAAAUCGAGUGUGUUUGAGAGACAGAAGGUUCAUCAGGUCGCCACUUUAAUCAGAGACACAGAGAGAAACGGCAAAGCUCACAUACAUGAUGUCACACAGGGGGAGGAGCCACUGGAGAUGGUCCAGGUUCUUGGUUCAAUCCCGGUCAUCAGAGACUCGUGUGAGGAGGACACCGAGGCAGACCGGACAAACUCCGCCUCCCUGUACAAGGUGUCAGAUGCACUGGGCUGCCUGUCCAUCACUCAGCUUGGUGAUAAAGCGCCGUUUGAUCAUAAACUACUGCAGAGAGACGACUGCUUCAUCCUCAACAACGGUGCCAAUGGCAAGAUCUUCAUCUGGAAAGGGGGCGGAGCAAAUGCAGAGGAGAAGAGGGCGGCGCUGCAGGUAGCAGAUGAGUUUAUUGUGAGGAUGGGUUACUGCAGAGCUACAACUCAGGUGGAGAUUUUUACUCAAGGCCGUGAGUCUGUUCUGUUUAAGCAGUUCUUCAAAAGCUGGGGUUAAACACGCACACACACACACCUCAUAUGAUUUUCUGUGUGUGUGUGUGUGUGUGUGUGUCUCAGAUCUUAGGUUUGGACUGCAACAGAAUGAAAGUAAGUGCACCCCGUGUGUUUUGAUCUCAGUAACAAUCAGUUUAAAUUCGAAAAUCAAGCAGUUUUGUAUUUUUACUGUAUUUUUUUAAGAAAAAGGUCAAAAUU